AACAAGAAAUUAUUUUAAUGGUACCUGAAAAUAAGCGUGAUGCUAUUAUAAUAGAAUAUUCUGAAUAUGUAAGAAAGUUAGAAGAAUUUUCUAAAGAACAUUUAUGGGUCGUAAGACGAUAUCCUUUAUUAAGUAAUAUUGCUCUUAAAGUAUUAUCAAUACCAGCAACUUCAGCGAUUA